AUGUCUUCUCAUGGAAUAGACUGGAGGGUGGAUUUAAUGCCCAUGGAGAAGUCUCCUACGGCCAAAGAAUUGGCAAUCCUCUACUUCACUAAUGACAAGCUGUACAAGCCCGGCUCUCAGGCCAAACGGCUCAGCUUCCUGCACAACCCUCCCACCAUGGGGGAUGCGACCCUUCAGCUAGCUAACGUCCGCCCCUCGGACAACGGCACAUACAUCUGCGAGGUGAACAACCCUCCGGACUUCUACGGCAGUGGCUCGGGGCUCAUCCACUUCACCGUGCUGAUGCCUCCAUCUACCCCUGUUUGUAAAGGGACAGAAUAUACCCAGAUUGGGGGUGAUGCCACGCUGACCUGCAGCUCCGUAGAGGGGGUGCCUGCCCCAAUUUACACCUGGUCACGGGUGGACUCCAAGACCUCAUUGCCAUUGGCCAAUAUGGUGCAAAAUGACCAAACAGGGAAGCUGCAGCUGACGAACCUCUCGCUGGCAUUCUCAGGGACCUACCAGUGCGUGGCCUCCAACCAGUUCGGCCACGUCAGCUGCCAAGUGACAGUCAAUGUGGCAGGCACUGGGGAAGCUGGAGUGAUCGCGGGAGCUGUGAUAGGAGUGUUGCUGGUGCUCUUACUACUCGGGGCAGCUGCGAUCUAUCUGUUCUGGUACAGAAAGGAGGAGUCCCAGUCCACAGUCACUGGGAACGAUAUAAGGGAGGAUGCCACUGCCCCGGGGAUCUCAGACGCCUCCUUGCAGAGACACGGCAGCGACCCCGGGAGCCACUUCCUGAAGCAGCCGGUGUCGAGGCCAGAGUCUGCCAGCACCACCAAGUCCAGACUCAACAUGGUUGUGUGAGCGGGGGGCGGCGCUAGCUCCAGUUCCACUCAGAAACCUCCGCUGGAUUUUGAUACGUGACCCUUUUUAAAAAAAAUAAUCAAGGCUUUUACUGUCUCCCAUUUACUGCAUGGGGGGACCAUGCAGGGACCCCUGUCGAACAGCCUGGUAAACACUUCCCCUGGGUUGGGACGCAUCGAUCAGUGUGUCUACAUAACCACUGAGUAUGCAAAUCCAUAUACCUUUGCACUUCCAUUGCCUCCUCUGUGCAGCUGGGGCAGAGAGAGGCCAGCGGGACCGGAGUGGGGGGAAGAUCGCAGUCAGCCGAGCUGCAGGGGGAGAGCAGCGAGGGACUUGGCUUCAUUCCUCCCCUUGCGGCAGCUCGUCGGAGCUCUUACCCCCAGGCACUGCCCUGCACCCGGCCCAUGGCUGUCUGCCCCAUGGCGGGCCAUCACCCCAGAGAGGCCCUGCAGCUCUUCCCCCCGGGGAAUGGCUGGGGGCUGUGGUGCUGUAGGGAGGGUGAUGUGCAUGCUACACCCCACACAGCAACCCCUCGCUGACACCCAGAGGGCUCCACUGGGCCGGGCAAUGUGCGGGAGGCCCCUCGAGGCACGGGGCUCUGGGGGACCGAACUGAGCUUUGUGUGUGCUGGUAGAGCCCGGCCCAGCCCAGCUUUGGCUCACAAUGGAAUUGGGGGUGCUGCCUAUGGCAGCUGGUCCAGGGC